UCCGGUGGCCGCAGCUUCCAGCUCCCCAGAAGCCUGGGCGAGAGAGGACCUACAAAGUUUGUCCGCUCUGGGGCGCCAUACCGGCUCUGGUCCCGACCGGCCGGGCUGGGCCGGUCUGAGCCUAGGAGACCCUGAUGGCCGCAGUGUUCUUGGUAACGCUCUAUGAAUACUCCCCGCUCUUCUACAUCGCGGUGGUUUUCACCUGCUUCAUCGUCACCACCGGCUUGGUCCUAGGAUGGUUUGGUUGGGAUGUUCCGGUGAUUCUGAGGAAUUCAGAAGAGACCCAGCUCAGCACAAGAACUUUCAAGAAACAAAUGAGACAAGUCAAGAACCCUUUUGGCUUAGAGAUCACUAACUCGUCCUCAGCUUCCCUAGCAGCUGGCAUGACCUUGACGACAGAUUGCCUUGAAGAUAGCCGUCUUACAUGCUUCUGGGGGUGCAGUGUCCAAAAGCUCCACGAAGCCCUUCAGAAGCACGUGUACUGCUUCAGGAUAAGCACCCCGCAAGCAUUAGAAGAGGCGCUGUACAGUGACUACCUCCACCGAGAGCAGUACUUUAUUAAAAAACACAGCAAAGAAGAACUAUAUUGCCAAUUACCGAGCGGUACUGAAAUUGACGACUUUGGUCCAGUGCCCAGAUCUCGUUAUCCAUUGGUAGCUCUGUUGACCCUCGCUGACGAGGAGGAUCGGGAAAUUUAUGAUAUUAUUUCCAUGGUGUCAGUAAUUCAUAUUCCUGAUAAGACUUACAAACUUCCCUGCAGAAUAUUGUAUCAAUAUUUACUUCUGGCUCAAGGUCAAUUUUAUGAUCUUAAGCAACUUUUCAUGUCUGCAAACAGCAGCCCCAGUCCCUCCAGCAGGCCCUCCCCAGCAGACAGAAAUGCCGAGCAGAGCUUGUUGGAGAAGGCAGGACUGGCUGGGAGUGACAUGGAGCCAGUGGAGGAGAGCAGCAAGGACUGUGUGGUGUGCCAGAACGGGGGCGUGAACUGGGUGCUGCUGCCUUGCCGGCAUGCCUGCCUGUGUGACAGCUGUGUGUGCUACUUCAAGCAGUGCCCCAUGUGCCGGCAGUUUGUGCGGGAAUCCUUUGCGCUCUGCAGUCAGAAAGAGCCAGACAAGGACGUGCUGGAAACCUCCUGAACCAUCCUAGCCGGAGCGUGUGCAGAACCUUGUGUCCUUAGGGUCAGUCAUAACACAGAAUCUGCAGCCGUGACGGCCAGAGAGAAUGCUGUUCUCCUUCAUACUUGUACACUGUGGAUGAUGUGACGUUCUUCCUGCUCAGCAUGGCGAGCCCUGGAGUGCUGUCUUCGUACCCAGCUCUUGAGAAGAAUGCAAACAUCUGGCUUUUGCCAGCUAGAAGAUUUCAUGUAAUGUGGAUGUGGAAAAUCACUCUGCAAAUCCAUCCGCUGACAUUGCAGGAGACGCAAGUUUUAGGGCGGAUGACUGCUUUUCCUUUCAUGUAACCUGGAGUGAAGUCAGAAGACUGAAGUCUGCUUAAAGUAGUUAUAUGUCUCCCAAUUCGCAAAGUGUUUGGAAGGGACUUUUUACCUUCCACUGUCUCUGAAAUACGUUUUUAUAAAUAUUCGUUUGGUUUCAAAUUUUCCUUAUUAGAGUUACAUAAAUCUAUGUCUUAACUUUUCCACAUAGGUUCUGAAGUCAUAAACAAGGCUCAGCUCUGAUUGUUCCCGUGCGUCAUGGAUUAGAUGGUUCUCAUCUCCAGGAGGCAGACACAUAAUACCUGGAUAAUAAAAUCUCAUGGAUCAUUCAA